AUGUAUCUGGGUGGUGACAGUGAGAUGAGAUUUCACAUUCAUCCAAGAGAUGGGAUUAAGAUCUGCGACCACUUCCUGCUGGGGCACUGCACUCAGAGGGAAAGCUGCCCCCUCCACCACACCCGCUAUCCCUACCAUUGGCAGAUAAGGCAGAGGGACAGCAAAGCUUGGCAGAGUGUCAGUGAGUCAGCGCAGCGGCACCUAGAGAAAUUGUAUUGUGACACUGGAAAAGAGCAGAUUAAGUUUGUGGACAAGGACGGUGCUGUCGGGAGCAUUUUUCUGCACUCUAUGAAGCUGGUUUGCUUUGGACCCUACGACAAAGUGCGGCGGCUUUCCAACACCAGUGAUCCGAAGGAGAACCCCCACUUCCCCACAGAGUGGGCAGCCUAUUGGAACAGAAGUGGCAAUUGGAAGAAGUAUGAGGAGGUGAGGAAAAGGGAAAGCGGCGUGUGCAUCUGUCGUGUGCAACGUAAUCGGGACAAGGGAUAUGUCCGCCUGGUCCAGCGCCGGCCUGCCUAUCGCUCCCUGCUCAGCAUGGUGCCACAUCUGAGGACGCUCCCUAGAAGAACCUGGGGAACUGACAUCCUUGGGGAGAAUCCAAGGGAUGGCUACUGUGGCUCCUACCCUGCAGCCUCGGUCCCAAAGCCCGCAGAUGGGCAGGCUUUCCUGAAGAUGGAGGUGGCACCAACAGAGGUUGCAUACCACAGAGUUUGUGCACUCUUCCACCAGACUCUCUCAGAGGAAAAGACACUGGUGCUGGGGGUGUACCGAAUUCGGAACGAUGAUCUCUGGGAAAAAUAUGCCAGACAGAAGGCUGCCAUGUCCCAGGCAUGCUCACUGCAGGAGAAACACCAGCUGGAGAAGCACCUCUUCUAUGGGAGCGCUGCUGACUUCCUGGAGCCCAUCUGCCAGAAGAACUUUGACCCCAGCUUCUCAAGGCUGCAAGCCCCCAUCUACGGCAAGGGCUGCUACUUCUCCAAGAGUGCCCUCUAUUCACACCGCCAUGGCCUGGCGUGCAAGGCUGGGCUACGCUACAUGUUCCUGGCCAAGGUGCUAGUGGGCAAGACUGCUGUGGGGAAUAAACUUUUCCGGCGCCCCCUGCCUGUGGUGCCUGGUGGGCAGCUCUGUAACUCCCGGGUCAACAGCAAAAGCAAUACCCAAGUGUAUGUGGUCUCCGACAACUGCCAGUGCUACCCCUACUUCCUUAUCAAAUACAAGAUGCUAUCUGACCCUGUGGCAGUGGAUGGCUGAUGGUGCCAGGGGAAGGAGCUGCUCAUUACAAAAGAUUUGCUGAAGCUGCUUUUCUGUUCAAGCGCCACUUCCCCAGGUGGAGAUAGGGGUCACUUUUUGUUGUCACUUACAGCCGUCCUGUGCUACUUGCUCUGUAAAAGCCCCUUGUGCAUCCAGUCUUAGCCACAGCUGAGCCUCCCAGUGUAUGGGGAAAACAAGGCCAUGUAGGUUCAAAAACACUCUAGUUUCUGCCCCACCUCAUCCUAUUCCAUCUCCCCAAAUGUCCCCAUUCUGUGGUCAGCUUCACCCUGUCAUGUUCACUGCCUGUCCAAAUGCAAACAUCCCUGCAGGCUGUGCUGUCAGAUACUGCUCCUGGCUCUGAAUGAGAAGCUGCUCCAUUACACCAAACAAGUCAUCACCCUCCAUGACCUCCCAUUGCAUUUGUGGACUAUAAUAUAUGAUUCACAAAAAAAAAUGCCUCUUUGUUCAUGGCUCCUCUUCUCUUCCACCUUCUAAUGGAGCCUUCUGCCCAGGAGUAAUUGGUUUGUCAAAAACUGUUUACAUGGGGACUUGCUGUGGUGGAUGCUAAGUUUUCUAGUAAUAAUUUAGUAUUCUAACUAAUACUGUUAGAAUACUCCCCCUGAAUCAGAGCACUCUGGUGUGUUUGUAAUUAUUUAACUUAUGUUAUACAGAGGCAGGGUGGCUGUGUGCAUCUGCUAUGUCUAGUCUAUUGCAUGAAAGUCCCCAGUGUCAAGGGUCAGGGGAUGGCUAUUUAGGCUUUGCUCCCAAUGAGAGUAUGUCUCCUGCCUCUGAAAGAAACCCCUGUGAUCCUGUUUUUGGACCUAAGAACUGGUCAGUUGUUGGUGAGUUAAUAUGUCCCAAUGCCUAUGAACCUGCAGAUUGUUCAUGUAUUCAUAUAAGCAAUAAUUGUUUGAUUUUGCAUUGUGUUGUUAGCAUAAUUACUGUUACUUUGUUUGCUGAAUUGCUUUGCCUUCCUAAUUUGAGAUCACUUGCAUUAAUUACUUUCAAUUAUUUUUCUUGUGUUUAAAAUUAA